ACACGCAAGUGUUACAACUUUUACUGUGAAGUCCCAGCUCCAACUCUGACCGGAAAUGUCUGAUGGUCCUUCCUCCCCUUUCUUCCUUGCUAGCAACCUACUAGCACUCGACUUAGCUAGCUAGUUAGCGAGACAAGCUAUUUAAAAUCCUGUAGUGUUAUAUUAUGAAUUGAUUGAUACGUGUAUCAUAUUUUAUUUCUGUCUCCACAGUCCAGAUAACAAGGAAACUAACAAAAUGAACAUACGAAACGCAAGGCCGGAGGACCUUAUGAACAUGCAGCACUGUAACCUGCUGUGCCUUCCAGAAAACUACCAGAUGAAAUACUAUUUUUAUCACGGAUUGUCCUGGCCUCAGCUCUCUUACAUUGCAGAGGACGAAAAUGGCAAAAUUGUAGGAUAUGUGCUGGCAAAGAUGGAGGAGGACCCAGAUGAUGUACCCCACGGACACAUCACAUCUCUGGCUGUGAAGCGUUCCCACAGGCGUCUUGGCCUGGCUCAGAAGCUGAUGGACCAGGCCAGCCGGGCCAUGAUAGAAAACUUCAAUGCUAAAUAUGUCUCGCUCCAUGUUCGCAAGAGCAACCGAGCAGCCCUGCACCUCUACUCAAACACACUCAAAUUCCAGAUUAGUGAGGUAGAGCCUAAAUACUAUGCAGAUGGGGAGGAUGCCUACGCCAUGAAGAGAGACCUUGCCCACAUGGCUGAUGAGUUUUCGUCUAAUAUGUCCCACAGCUGAGAAAGCCUGGAGUCCGUGUCUCGGGUCAGGACGCCCCGUCCGGCCAGAGCCCGUCAGGGUCCGGUGACCAGGAGAGGGAGAACGAAAGAGACAGUGGAGGAGAGAGCAAAGAGCUGAGUGAAGUCAGCGAGGCAACGGAAAGCACAGAUGUUAAAGAUUCUUCUUCUGAUUCACAAUGACGCUGCGGUCCUAGACAUUUUUAAAUUCAUCCCUGGCUUCCUUUUAUCUCUUUUUGACAAUAUCUCUGGCUUUGCAAACUGUGACUUUCUGUGCGUCAAAGCCUUUUCCACAUUACCAUCUUUUGUUUUUCUUAAAUCUUGCUUUUCACUGCAGUGAUGAACAAAACGUCUUGGAUAAUGACGUAAAUUUAAAUGAAACUAAAAUGAAUAACUGGUCUCAAUGUUUUUAUUGGAUCGCAGUUGUCAUUACCAAACGUGUUCCGUAAGAUUUAGAGAAUUUAAAACUUGUACUUUUCAAAUUGUCUCAAUCUGGUCUCUUAAUUAUUUAACAGAAUUACUGCAAAUAAAUCUUUCAAAUAAUA